AUGCCGGAUGUUCAGGAUGACCCGAUGGAGGCACCAACUGCUGUAGAGGACAUUCCUGCGGACACACGCGCAGAGCCUGCUGAGGAUGCGCAUGAGGGAUUUCUGGGUGGUACGAGCGACCCAUCCGUCUUGACCCAGUAUGCGGAUCACGUUGCUUGCAGCGUAUGGACGGGAGAGGAACGUCCUGAAUUGAAGCUAUCCUCUCAUGGGAGGAAGGUCCACAGUUUAGGCAGGCUUGUCCCUGCCAUUGAGGGACUUAUUGCUGACACUGGCGAUCGGGGACUUUUGUCCGCGUUUGUGGAGCGGUGGCACCGGGAGACGUUUAGUUUCCAUCUCCUGGUGGGAGAGCUCACCAUCACAUUGGACGACGUCUCCUUUCUUCUUCAUCUUCCCGUUAUUGGCGACUUACACGCAUUUGAGCCCUUGCACGGGGACGAUGCAGUUCAGAUGCUGGUGGACUUGUUGAUGGUCUCUCCAGAGUCUGCUAGGACUGAGACAGUCCAGUGUCGCGGACCGUACGUACGCCUGCAAUGGUGCUGGAUUUACGAGCACUUUCCCUCGGUCGCGGAGUCCACCGCUGAUCAAGACUACGACGAGGCUUCUCCGCUUGCGUGCAGGUGGAUUGCGACAAAGAAGACCGUGAAGAGCAUUCGCACGCCGUCGUACAGGGAGCGCUUGGACCGACUCCGGAUUCCGGAUGUCUGUUGGAUCCCUUAUGGGGAGCAUCGGGAGGCAAAUUUCCCAAAAUGGUUCCCUUUUGCAAACUUAUUCCCCAAAUGGGGUCCUUUUGGAACAAUUUCCGGCAUGGUGCUCUUUUCUACGUGGGCUGCAUGCAUUUUGCAUGCAAAACGCAAGUUCGAAUGGCGACUUCGCGGGCAUUAG